ACAGAUUACAAAAGUCAAGGCCAUUCACUAAACCAUGCAAUUGUGGACCUUGCUGGCUGCAAAUCCCCUCAAAGUGCUUAUGUGAUGCUAUCCCGAGUUCGAUCUAUCUCUGGUGUUGCCAUUCUCAGGGAGUUUCCCAUGCAGUGCAUCUUUUGA